CCUGUCCAGCUCAGCCCCUUCUCCCACAGGAAGCCGGGCCUUUGAGCUUGAGAGGGGGACUGCAUCCCGGCUUGACUCACCUGAGCCCUGGCAGGGGCUGGGGCCUCUAAAAAGCUGACAGUCCAACUUCUUGUGGUCCAUGAAAGCAGUGAUGGCCUCCAACGGAAAGGUCUGCAGGCAACGGCCGCAGAUGAGGAACCGAAGCAGGGAGGCUGCUUGUAGAGUCGCAGUGACCUGCCCAGAUCCCUUGUAGUGAGUCUGGAGGGAAUAAGAACCACCUGCCUUCCUGAAUCCACAUCUUCACCUGCUCUGCAGUGGGGGUCCUUUCUUGCAAGGAGCUCACAGUUGGCUGUAGAGACAGGAAGAGGGUAACAAGGAAAAAGAUCAUCUCCAUCUCCUCCGUACUCCAGAAGAAUGCAGACUCCACUGACCAUUCCUGUGUCUGUGCUCCGGCUCCCCCGGGGUCCUGAUGGCUUGAGCCGAGGCUUUGCCCCAGAUGGACGCAGGGCCCCCCCGAAGCCAGAGGUUCCCCAAACCCUGGGGGCUCCAGUAGUUCAAGAAUCUCGGGAAUCCCAGGAACAGCAGGCGCGAGCUGCACUUCGGGAACGCUACCUCCGCAGCCUGCUGGCCAUGGUGGGUCACCAGGUGAGCUUCACAUUGCACGAGGGUGUGCACGUGACUGCCCACUUUGGAGCCACCGACCUGGACGUGGCCAACUUCUACGUGUCGCAGCUGCAGACGCCGAUAGGUGUGCAGGCGGAGGCGCUGCUGCGGUGUAGUGACAUUAUUGCGUACACCUUCAAGCCGUAAGGAUGUUACUAGGUUCACCUUUCUGCUGUGGGCCUAGCCACAGGGUCCCAGCCCACACGUUGGUGGGCUCCAUAGAGUUUGCAACUAAUUCCCUUGGAAUUUUGAGCCGAGCUCCAGCAACUCAGGCUUCUUGGGACCUCCGGGGUCUCGUCAGUAAAAUUCCACUGCAACCCCAGGAUUUUAGAGCCUGUUGAAAUGAAAGCUCUACCUCACAGAACUCUAAACUCUGAAAUAGGGCCUCAUGGCAGUUCCUGAAGACUGGGGCUGGGGGUAGGUGAGAAAAGCAGAUUGCAGAAUGGAAAAUUGUUUUUUGAGGUUGCAGAGUUCAGCCAUCCUGAAGGAUACUGUCCUCCUACUAAAGAACCGACUUUCCCAGGAAAA